GGCAUCACAUCUCAGAUAUGGCACCCUCGAGAGCUGCUGUUCGGCCAUUGGGCUCGAUCAAAGCAUCUCUGAGACAGGUCCGUCUACAACGAGCACAACGGAGAUGGCAACACAACUUAGCUGAGCUGCAAACGUCACCCAAGCCUAGCCUGCCACUUCUGGGUACACGCCCGAAGAAAGAACACAAACCAAUUCCCAUCUAUGCUCCUCCACCGUCGACAUGGAGCAACUGCAAAGAUCCUGUCAAAGCAAUCCACGAUGCCCAGAUCGCCGCGAUGGAUCCAACCGGUGCACGAACACGACUCUUUUCGAAGGGAAACCCGGAGGCUGUGAGGAUUGGCGAUAUCUUGCUUGUGCGACAGAAGAACGGUGAGCCGUUCGCAGGAGUCUGCCUAAGCAUCAGGAAGAGAGGUAUCGACACGUCGAUUCUGUUAAGGAAUCAUCUUACAAAAGUUGGUGUGGAAAUGUGGUUCAAGAUCUACAGCCCCAACGUUGCGGGUAUCGAGGUGGUGCAGAGGAAGGAGAAGAGGGCAAGAAGGAACAAACUUUACUACAUGAGGAAGCCAGAGCACGAUAUCGGCUCCGUCGAUGCCAUCCUACGUCAGUACCAGAGGCAGCGUGCCAUGCUGGGCUCAUCGUCAAGAGGAAAGAAUGCAAACCAGGGCAAGAAGAAGCAGCAAGGUCAGAAGAAGAAAUGAGCGCUGCGAUUGGGCCCAUGUCUGGGAGAAUGCGUAUAUUACAUGUACAAUUAUUAGCCAACGAAAUCUGACGGAGUUUACGCAGCAAUCCUUGUUGCGAACAUGCGCUUCCGAGUUUUGGUAUCACAUUUUUGAGAUUUCAACAUCCAAUACUUCGCUAGGGUGCGAUGAAAAGUGUUAACCAGAUUUGAAAAGCCGAACAUGCAACGAUCCCUUUCGUCGCUGGAAGCACGCUUCUGCAGCUGCGUUAUCACUUGAAUGAAUCGCUUGGGCCUUCUACGCAUAGAAUUCAGCUAUCAUGUCAUCUAUUACGUGUAGACUUUAGUGGGAC